ACGGAUAUACCGCUGAUCAUCCAUCCAAACCAUAUAUCUCAUAGAACAAGCGCGACCGUCCCCUUCCUCCUCUAAAAGCGACCAUGCCAGCGACCCAUAACCACGUCAUCCUCACCCCGUUAUCUCAACUCCGGGUCUCGAGAUACCAUAUCCCGGCUUACCGAGGAUUCCCUAAUACGUCGAUUCACCCGGAGAGGCCGUUGAUGGUCUAUCACAACUGUUUCGCUGCUUCACCGUCAUCGUCAUCGUCUUCAUCAUCAUCAUCGACACCUUCUUCGUCGAAUCGCACCCCUGAAAUGAAGGCGAUUUCGACCUCAUCGAUGGCAACCGCGGUAGAAUCCCACCUCUCGCAGAUCGACGCCGUGAGACCCGCAUGGAGGUAUACGAUGUACAGGCAACAUCAUUAUCAUAGCAAUACGAACGAGGUCUUGUGUGUCGUCUCCCAUCGAGGUGCGGAGGUCUGUUUCGGCGGGUCAAACGAAUCCAACGAGAGCGGGAACGAAGGCAAGGUGGUAGUAAAAGUAGGAAGGGGGGAUGUGAUCGUCGUCCCCGCUGGGGUUGGGCAUGCGCUCUUACGUGAACUCGAUGAUGAUGUCGAGGAUGGCGAUGAAGACGAAGGGAAAUUCGAGAUGGUGGGGUCUUACCCGGUAGGAGCCGAAGGUUGGGAUAUGUGCAUGGGGAAAGGUAUAGAGAAGGACGGUAGAGAGUGGGGAAAUGUGAAGAAGGUCGGGUGGUUCACCAGGGAUCCGAUCUAUGGGGAUGAAGGGCCUGUGCUCGAGGCGGCUUAGAGUUGGUCGUGGAACACCAUGUUUAUGCACACUACUGUAUCCUCAUAUCUAUGGGCUCUAUAUUCCAUGCAUCACUGUACAC